AUGCGUCUGCACAUUAACCCGGCCAAAUGGGAAGACGUCGACCGCGAUCGACCGACCUGGAGGAGGAACGUGAAGACAGGCUCUGCGAUCUACGAGGCCAACCGCAUCGCCACCGACAAAGUGAAACGCGAAGCCCUCAAAUCACAAUCUCGCCCAGUACGCAACUGCGCCUCUCGGACCACGCCAACCGUCGUCCCUCCAGCCGCCUCUUCCCCGUCGUCUCCGCUGCCAACUAACCCUGACUGCACUUCUGAACCACCAGUUCCAUUAUCUUCCUCCACUGUCCCAACGAAGGCCGCACACCAACAACAAACACAUCCCAGACACAACAAUAGACACCACCCCACAACCUCCGACUCCAGAGGUGAGAACCAAUACUACACCUGCCCUCACUGCGACCGCACCUUCACCUCACACAUCCGCCUGGUCGGUCACUUGCGAAUCCAUCGCAUAGAGGCUGACAAACCAGUGCAUGAAGCACCAACCUACACCCACCGCACUCGACUCCACUGCCCACGCUGUCCUCGCACAUCUUCGCAUCGCAUGGGCCUAGUUGACCACAAACGCAUCCACGAACACCUGUGA